AUGGCUCACAAAGAUCCUCACUCUCUUUCAUUCAAUCUCUCAAGCAGUAUUGGAUCAACGAUAAGGAUUCCAAUUUUGUUUCCAAACGAUUAUGAAGUUUGGGCACUCCACUUUGAAGAUUAUGUUCUUGGAUUAGAAGAUUACGGUUCCACAAUAUGGCAUGCAAUUACACAAGAAACAUACAAACAUAUGGAUACCAAAAUGCAAAUCAAAACUCUUGUUGAACACACUGUUCCACAAGAUGAGAAGGAUAAACUGAUGAGUAAUAUAAAAGCAAUGAGAAUCAUUCGAAUUGCUCUUCCUCAAGACAUUUUUUGUCUUGUGAGUGCAUGUGAAACUGCUAAAGCUAUUUGGGAUAGGUUGAAGGAGUUAUACUCCAGUGAUGCUGAUUUGGAACAUUCCGUGCAAACAAUGCUCCUAUCAGAAUUUGGAGCAUUUGUACAAAAGUAUGAAGAGAAACUGGAUCAGACGUUCAAUCGCUUCAAUCACUUGUUAAGCAGGAUGGUUAAGAACAAUCUCAAGCAUGAAAUAAUUGAACAAAAAGUCACAUUUAUGAAUGGACUCAGAUCCGAAUGGAAGGCUUUUGUUUCUACAGUGAAGGCACACGAAGAAUUUAAGAGCUAUACGUUGGCCAAACUCGUGGGCAUUUUGAGAUCACACGAAGAAGAAGUAACAAAGGAAAUGAAAGUUGUAUCAAGCAUGGGAUCCUUGGCGUUGGUUGCAAAGGGAAAGAAGACUGCUGAAGAAGAUUCUGAAUCAGACCUUUCGGAAAGUGAAAUCUCAAAAGAAGACAAGGCUCUUUUGGUGUCUAAUCCCAAAAAUUUCUAUAAGAAGAACUUUCUCGCUACAGAAAUAAGUACAUGCAAGUUGGAUUGUGAAAUAGGGAAAGGUCUGUAUAAAAUUAUUUUAGCCUUUAUUGAAUUGAAAGAGGAUGAAAUCGAUGCUGACUGUUAUAAUUGCGAAUCUAUUGUUUCAUUAGAUGACAUUUAUAAUUCAUACUGGGCUGGACUUGUGAAAAUCGAAAAAUACGUACAGUCCAAAGACCACAAAAACAUGUUAAAAAAAAUGUUGAAUGAAAAAGAUAAAGAACAAAUCAUAUUAAGUACAAUGCAAAAAUAUGACUCAUUAUGCAAGAAAUUAAAUUUAGAAAAUACUUUUGAUUCCAAAAACGUUUCUGGUAUUGAUAAAAGUGAUAUGAGUGAAAUUUUUGUUGAGGAUGGAAUUGAUUUUUCUACUUUUGUGCAAAAUGCUAAUAAACCUAAGAAAAAUCUGAUUUCUGAAAACUCAAUUGAAUUUCUUAAUUGUUCAAAACAAAGGUUCAAAUGUUUUGAAAGAAAAAGCAACUGUUUUUUCGAAAGUCCAAACUGUUCUGAAUCAAGUUUUUGUUAA